AUGGUGACAAUGUCAACCAUUUCGGGAUUGGGUCCUGCACCAACAAUCGCAGAGCCAAGCUCUUCAAAAAUGCCUCUGACGGCGGCGGACUCGGGGUCCUCGUUGGGCUUCAUCUUCUUCGAUAAGGGCCUGUGGCGCUUCCGGAUGUUGCCAUCGGACAACUCCUGGUGCGACUCGACGAGGACCUUGCCGUGUUUGGCGGUGACACACACGAGGACGAUGUGGACUGUCCGAAUAGGAGGACUGGAAUCGGUGAGGGAGGUUUCUCCCUGGGAGAGUUUGAGCCAGAGGUUGUGCACGUUUUUGGUGUCGGGCUUGACGCUCAACGAGGCGAAGGACUCGGAGGAGAGGCGGGGUUUGAGCCAAUCGGAGAGGGAUUGGGGAGACGCGAAGUUGUGGGGGCUUAGGGGUAGGGUGUUGAGGGCAGUGGCUGUGGUGGUAUUUUUGGAAGGUGUUGCGGUGAGAGACACGACGAGAAAUUUGAGGAAGCGGCAGCGGGUGGAAGCGAUGUUGGGCUGA